AUGGCAGUUGCACAAAAUUCCAUGAUCUCGUCGCUUGCGACAACACCCCACGAUUACAUACAACCGAAAUUGCCACUAUACACCGACGCCGUCGCCUAUCUCAAGGACAUACUAGACCCUGUCGCCAAAGAUGUCAGUGCAGAACAGCAGCAACGUCUGGAGCAAGCACGAAAGAAACGGAAGAGAGGUGAUCGCGAUGGAGAAGAAUCGGUUCUGCGCUUGAAGCAAAUUCACUCCGAGGGAUUCGGCGUUGAGCAGAUCUGGGAACAAGCUAGGAGAAUCAUCGAUGCCGUCAGAGUCGAAGCUGAGAGGGGAUAUAAAGAACACCAAUCGCUGGCUACAAACAAGGCAAAAGAUGGCGUUUCAAACGGCGUCGGGAAACGUGUGGCUUUCAAAGAGGACGAAGCCGACGAAGACGAUACCGAGGACGACGAGGAAGAGCUCGGCGUUGAAGGUGUAGAUUAUGAAGUCGAGGGGAUCGACGAUGGCGAUGAAAUGUAUGACGAAGAGGAAGAUUCCGAUUUGCAAGAGGACGGAGACGAGGACGAAGACGUAGACGGCCCAGACGACCUGCGAGAUGACUUUGACGACUCAGAAGGAGACGAUGGGGAGGACGAGGAGCCUGCCACUGAAUACCUGCCGGACAAAUUCGGACUCAACGACGGCUUCUUCUCGAUCGAUGACUUCAAUCGACAAUCAGAAUUCCUCGAGCAACAGGAUGCGCAAGGUGAAAAUGACGGAGCCGCGAGCGAUGAAGAAGAUGUUGAUUGGGAUGCCAAUCCACUUGCGCUCGUCGCGGACACAAAGCUAUCGAACGGCACGAACGGCGGCGCUUCAAAUGCUGCUGCUGAUGACGGUGAGGACGACGACGACGACGACGACGAGAACGGGCCUACUUUCGGCGAUCCAGACGCGUCAAGCGAAGAUGAAGAUGAUGAAGUCAUGGGUGACGACCUCAAGGAUAUCGGUGGCAUGGGAAACACCAACGAGAUCAGAUACGCCGACUUCUUUGCUCCACCUGCACAGAAGAAGAAAAAGAACAAGAAGGGCAGACCAAAUCCCCACAACUUUCCACAGGCCUCGAAAACCGACGAAGUCGAGGACGACGAGGAUGACGUCAAACGCACUAUAGAUGCCGUACACCGCGAUCUAUUUGAAGACGAAGAUGAGGAAGAAGAGGAAGAAGAUGCAGAUCGGGAGGGCGAAGAAGAAUUGGACCCAUCAGACCCACGAUCACGACGUUCGGCACACCAACGCCGACAGGCUGCUCUUGCAGAAGAGAUUCGCAAGUUGGAAGCAGCCAACGUAGCAAAGCGAGAAUGGACACUUUCCGGUGAAGCGCGAGCGGCAGACAGACCCAUGAACUCUCUGCUAGAGGAGGAUCUCGAUUUUGAGAGAGCGGGCAAGCCAGUCCCUGUCAUCACGGCGGAGGUAAGCGAGAGCAUCGAAGAGCUGAUCAAGCGCCGCAUCCUCGCACACGAAUUUCAGGACAUCAUUCGACGAAGGCCAGAUGAUCUAGCGACCGGCAAGGACGGUCGGCGAGGCCGGCUCGACUUCGAGCUUGACGACACCAAGGCCAAGAAAGGCCUAGCAGAGGAAUACGAGGAGGAGCAUCUAAAGCGCACCGAUCCCAACUUCGUCGACGUCAAGGAUGAGAAGCUCUCCAAGGAGCAGAAGGACAUCGAAGCCCUAUGGCGGGAGGUGAGCAGUCAGCUUGACAGCCUCAGCUCCUGGCACUUCCGUCCCAAGCAAGCCGCGCCCCAGCUCGACAUCCGCGUCGACGCCCCAGUCGUCACGAUGGAAGAUGCGCGACCUAACGCCGGCGGCGACGUGGCCGGCACCAGUCAGCUCGCGCCCCAAGAGGUCUACCAGGCCGGCGAGGCGUCCAAAGGGCGCGGCGAGGAGGUCGUCGGCAGAAGCGGCUUGCCCGCCGUGCGUGAGGAGCUCAGUCGCGAGGAGCGUAAGCGUCGCAGGCGGCGGGACAAGGAGCGCAUCCGCAAGGCGGGCACCAAUGCGGAUUCGGGCAAGCCGGGCGAGAGCCGGGCGGCCAGGGCCAAGAAGGAUCUGUUGGGCGAUCUGAAACGGGGCGGAGUCAAAGUCAUCGGGAAGAAGGGUGAGGUGAAGGAUGUCGAGGGACAGGCCGUGAAGAGCGGCGACGGCGGACAAGGCGCGGCGCGGUUCAAACUGUAG